CAGGACACCGCAGGAGAGAUGGUUCCUCCGCUCCGGGAAGUCCUCCAAGACCCAGGGACCCGCAACGCUAUGGCCCUAAACCCCAACACCUUCAGGUUCCGGGACGGAGCCUCGCUGGUGGUGGCGGCGGAGGAGUGGCCGCCUCACGUCUUCUUCCGCCCGCCAGCGGACGGGACAACCGACGAGAACAGUCGCCUCCAAACCAUCAGUGGACCCAUGGCCAAUAUGAUAAACAUCCUCGCUGAGAAGCUCAACUUUACGUACAAACUGGUCCAGCCGGAAGACGGGGCGUGGGGCUCCAGACUGCCCAACGGCUCCUGGACGGGGAUGGUGGGCAUGGUCAACAGAAAGGAAGCAGACCUCGCUCUCGGGCCGUUUGGUCGAACAGAGAAUAGGGCUCAAGCCGUCGACUUCACUCCGUCCUUCUUCUUUGACUACCGUUGCAUCCUGGCCAGCAAGGGCACGGCAGAAGUUGAUCCCUGGUGUUUCCUGUACGUACUGGCGCCCCCGCUGUGGAUUGGCCUGCUGGGGGCAGGCCUGGCGGUGUGGACUGCCGCAAUGCUGCUCACUGCAAAGCCUAGGGGCGUUUGCCUCGGCUGGAGGGGCGUGAGGACGUUGUUCAGCCAGAUGCAAGUCAUCACAAACCAAGAUGUCACAUGGACAACAGUGGGCUGGAGCGAGCGGGCGGUGCUGGGUGGCUGGGUGGUGGUGGCGGCGGUGGUUGGCUGGGCCUACGCCGGGCACCUCACGUCCCUCCUGGCGGUGCGGCGCGCCCCCACGCCCGUUCAGUCCUUGCAGGAUUUACUGCAGCGGCCAGACCUUGGAGUCAGCGUUAAGACAGACACCGUCCUCGCCGAGGCCAUGGCUCGAGACUCCUCCGCCGAGGUGCGGGCACUGCGCAGGCUGCACGCCGUGGGCCGCCUCAGGUUCUGGCCAGGUUCUCUCUUUGACGCUGACCUCAUGCACCAGGUGAAGCGGGGUGAACAGGUGGUCGUGACCACGUCACUCCUCGCUGACACGCUCAUGGCGCACGACUUCAUCACCACAACGACUUGCCACUUCUACAAGUCCCGCCAGAACUUCAUCGCCACCAACCACUGCAUGAUCGGCCAGAAGGGUAGCCCCCUCACCCCCCUCAUCACAAGCAGGGUCACGGGCAUAGUGGAGGCCGGCCUCUACAAGUACUGGCUGGCAGCGCACGUGCCCCGCCCCAGGGAGUGCCACCGCCCACCCUCCUCCGCCACUGCCAUGACCUCGCUCUCCCUGCACAACCUCUGGGGCAUGGCGGUGGUGCUGGUCGGAGGGCUGGGACUGGCCACGGCUGUGUUCUGCAUCGAACUCGUCGUCGGCAGGAGGGAAUGAUGGACUGGGGGGCAUUGUACACUCAACACGUGAAAAGGGUGAAGGAAGGUUGAUUCUUGGUUUCACAUCUAACCAUUCUGCAGUCACUACAAACACAUACUUUGUUGAGGCCUCUUACAACUUUCAUUAUGUUCUGCCUGUUGGUGAGGAUAAUGUGAAUUUAAUUUUCCAUAUCCAUUUUUG